AUGAGAGCCCAGAUGGAUGAGCAAGACUCAGCUGGCCCUGAAGCAGGAGAAGGCCCUGCCCUCCAAACUGGGAGCAGUGGGAGAUUAUGGGAAAACUCAGUGCAGAAGAUCCCGGGUGAGGAGGACACCCUCUGCUCAGAUGUGCAGAGCCAGCAGUUGACGCAGUCCGGCUCUCAGGAGGCCAAAGGACCCCGAGAAGCUUGUGGCCAACUCUACCGCCUUGACUGUCGGUGGCUGAAUCCAGAAAGUCAUACGAAAGCUGAGAUGCUGGACCUGGUGAUCUUGGAGCAGUUCCUGGCUGUCCUUCCGCUGGAGAUGGAGAGCUGGGUGAAGGAAUGUGGGGCAGAGACCAGUUCCCAGGCUGUAGCCCUGGCUGAAGGUUUCCUCCUGAGUCAGGCAGAGGAGAGAAAGCAAGCAGAGCAGCAGGUGAGAGAGACUUUCCUCUGGAAACUCCCAAGGGGCUCAGAAUGUUAUAAGCCAAAAAUAGCUUAUCUCCUGAGUUUAUGCCAAUAAAAACUCAGAAACGUGAGGAGUCCAACGUUUAUUGCAAAGCAAUAGGUUACAGUCGGUUUGUUCCGCAAAACUGCAACCCUGCCCAGUGGUCCAGGUGGUGGUAUUUAUAACAUUUCAAACAAAGCUUUUCAAUUUUCACCAAUCAUAUACCUCAUUACUUCAUUUCUUGUUUUACACAUGCGCAAUAAGCUCUGGCAAUUUAUGCUGAUUCAGGUUUGAUUCUCACCAUGUUCUGUUGCAUUGUGCUAUACACAUGUUGGGAACCUGUGUUACAUGUAGUCAUUAGCACCAUGUAACAACUUGAGCUGUAUCUUUAUAAUUCACAUAUUAGCUUUAUUCCUGCCCCAAAUGGAGGGUGGCAACUUGCAAAAUCAUCAGUUUCAUAAAGUAACAGGUUACCAUAAAUUUUCUAUUAAAGCACACUCAAGGAUUUACAGGAGUACACAUCACAUUUAUUGUGGCCUUUUGGGCCCACCACCACAAGAAUAUGAAAGAGAAUCUCCCAAAAUGCUUUUCUAAUGGCUCACCCACUUUGGGGAAGCAAGGGAUGAGAUCUGCUCCCCCAGAUUGUUUGCUUCGGCCAUUCCUUUUCUAAUCCUCCCCAUUCUCUGUUUUGAAUCCUUGUUGCUCUUUCAGCGGAAGGAUCUGUUUGCAAAAAUGGGCCCUGAUUCCUGUGAGGCAGAGAAGACUCUGUUGGAUGCCAGAGGGAGGCCGCUGGGUAAGGAGGAAGGAGUUUUUCCUUAUUCUGUGGAUUUUGAAUCUAAUCUGUGGGUUGUGUUCAUCUUUAGGGGGUUGAGUCCCUGAGUGUUUUUCCCCUGCCAGCAAACAGUUAACUGGCAACAGCUCCUGAUUGGCCAGAGCGCCAAGGAGGCAGUUGGAGUGGAGGGAGAGAUGGUGUGGGAGAGUCAUGGUGUGGGAGAGUCAUGGUGUGGGAGAGUCAUGGUGUGGGAGAGUCAUGGCGUCUGUGAGGGGAUUCUAUGCGGAGAGUUCCUUCUGACCAGGGUCAUGAUGAGGAUAGGCGAGAACUCUCAGAAGAUGCUCUCCGGUUCUGAAUGGCAGAACCCUGUAGAAAUAGACAAGACACAGCCCCACACGGUGCUGACAGGAAAAAGGGUCCUCAGAGGGAAUCCUCUGACAGGAAAGGGCAGGAGGGAUUCCGAGGCCAAGGAGGAUUUGGGAGUCUGUAGGGAAACAGUCCAGCGGAAAUCCAGUUGAACUAUGGGAGAUGUCUUGUAGUGUCCCCAAAACAAGGAAGGAUUGGACUCUGAUGAAUAGAAUACACACGAGGCUUGACCAGCAAGACUCUGGGAGGGAUGCGUAUAAUAUUUCCCUCUCCGCCCCUUGGCCCAGGUCGUUUUAUUCACAAAAGAACUUUUUACACGGUGUUCGUAAGAACCAAUCAGAUUUCCUCUGAGCAUUUCAAAAAAACCCACGUGGGACAAAGUCAGAUCAGAAGAAAUCCUGUUAACUACAAAGACUACUUUGAGCAUGCACACAUAUCUGAGAGUAAAUAAAACAGGACUAGAGGAGGAAUGCAUUCAGCAAAACCCUGGAGGUCAUAAACAAGCAGUAAACAUGAGAGGAAGGAUGGCAAGGAAAGAUAGAUAUCUUUAUCACCUCCUGUGUGAAAGACUAUUUAUUUCCUGGCCCUAAGAUUAACAAAACCAAGGAAAGGUACAUCAAAGAAGCUGCCUACUAUCUUUAUGGCCCAGGAUGCCCGGUGAACAACUGGCCUGUGUUUAGAAUGCUUGUGUGUGCCUGUCAGGCAGAGAAAUUGGACAGAGACGCAGAGGCGUGGAUUGAUCAGAAAUCAUAUCAAAAUGGCUUACCCAGUCAACGCAAUGCUUUCAUUGCUGGCACAAAUGGCUUGCUCCAUAUUUUUUAUAAUUCCUCAUAGCAGUCCCACCUGAUCACUACAAUGUAUAAAAGAAAGCCUGGGCAGCAUACAGCCAACGUUUUAAUAAAAAGCAGCAGCACUGUGCCAUGGUGAAGAACCACACUGUUUGCUCCAUUUCUGUGGAAGAAGAAGAACCAAAACCCCUUGUUUACAUCUGUCAGGGGUUCAGGAGCAGAGGCACAGGAAAGGGAGGAAAUAGAGAGCGAGGGGGAGGAGUCCGAAGGAAAUGUUAGCGAUGACAGCGGUCCGAGGUCUCUGAGUCUUUCCAGCGAAUCGGAAGAUUCACAGAAAGGGGCUCCCUUGGUCAGAGCAAGGGGGUGCCGAGGGGACACCCCAGGAAGAAGGGGCCAGAGGGGACUCAGAGAGCAGCAGUUGGAAAUCAGGACCAGCGUCCACACCAGAGUGCAGUAGGGGAGGAGUCCCAGGCAUCGGGAUCAGGCGGCGCACUGCCAGUGGGAGGACAUGAGUCAGGAUUGGCCACGCCUCCAUCGGGGAGCGAGGAAACGGUCGAGAGGAAGGUUGAAGGCUGGGAGCGCAGCGCAAGUUCAAAUGUACAGGAGGGCGGCGCAGUUGGCAGCCCGGAUAGGGAGCCAGGUCCCAAAGCCCGCCGAAAAGAGGGGAGGAGUCAGGAGGGUCAGCGUCAGAAGAAUCCAGGAAGGAAGGGACCCGGGGGUAGCAGGACCCAGAGGAGAAAGGAGAGACGUAAGAGGUGGAGUAAGGCUAGAAUCUUAAACUGGUGUACAGGGGCGGAGACUCAGAUGGAGCUUCGCCGAUCUAACCCCUAGACGUAGAGCUGGGGCGCUCCGGCUUGAAAAUGGAAACUGUACUUCAAUAAAGACUUUUGUACAUUACUGCCGGCUAGCGUUGGUCCUCUGUGAGCUGGGACCUGGAGCCAGCUCUGACAACAUCCAUUAUAAUAAAAUCUGUUUGCAACCUGUUUUCCCCCAAGAAAACCCCUCUGAGGCUCCCGAUUCCUUCUCCGUUGGGGAUUUCACCUGAGGGAGGGAAACAGGGCUGGCGCAGCGGCGCCAGGGAGAGAGAGGGCCGUUGCGCUGCGGCAUAUUAAUUGGUGGCAACGCCGUGAUACAAAGUUAAAACCCACAUAGAAACCUGCCCACAGACACAGAACAACCAGCUUAAUAAAGUAUUGAGGUUAUUUUAUUAAAAGAAAGAAAAUUUUCUGUCAGAAAACGGCCAGCAAGCACCAAGCAAAAGAGACCCGGGAUGACCAGGGCAGGGAGCUGCCGCAUCUGAGGAGAAUCCUAAUACUGAAUUAGAAAUGAUGGGACUAAGAUUAGAAUUGGCCAUAGUUGAAGCAGAGAAAGAAAGACAUAAAGUUGAAACAGGGAAAGGAAAGGAAAAGGCAAAUUAGCAGCUGAACAGGCCAGAAUUACAGCUGACAGUUAGCGCAGAUGCAGGCUGAGAGAAAGAGAGAGCGGAUUAGCUCAUGAGGAAAAAGAGAAAGAAAGAAAUGCCAGAUUAGCCCAAGAAGAAGGAGAAAGGGAGGCCAAGAUGGAACAUGAAAAAGACAUGUUUCUUUUGAAAAUGGAGGAAAUGAAGCUGAGAGCAGAACUGCCACAUCCCUUGGUGGGGGUUGGAGAUUUUACCUCAGCUAAUUCAAGAGAUUUCCUAAGUAUGUCCAAGGUGGUGAUGUACAGGCAUUCCUGUUUAGUUUGGACUUUCCUGAGGAAAAUUGGAUGCUUUCUUUAUGCCACAGAUAUGUGGAACUUUGAGGGAAAUAUACUCAGAUUUAAGAGAAGAUGAAACCUCUGAUGACCUCACAUUCAAAGAAAGAGCAAAAGGGCGCUUUGGUUUAACUGCAGAGCAAAGUAGAAAAGCCUUUUGUGACACUGAAAGAAAACCAGGAGAGACUUCUGCCCAGCUGGGUAGACAUAUUGAUAAAGCUCUGGGCAGAUGGGUGGAAGGAAGGAAAAUGGAAACCUGCGAUGAGCCAGUCUGUAGCCUGAAAUGCGCUGCUGAAGCUCUGAGAGACGCAGGAGCUGAUGGCUUCCCUUUGACUUUUGUCUCUCGCAGGUGACAGACGGAUGCCCCCCAGACCUCCUCAUCCAUCUUUUCAUGAGAACGGAGGAGAAGCAGCAGCUGUGGAAACAGAUCUGGUAUGGGGAAAGAGCUUUGUGGGGAAAGAGUCAGAGGAGUGGGGCAGCCAGGGAGCCUCUGGGCCGGAAGGAAUUUCUCCUCCUCUUGGCUUCUGUCAAAGCCUCUGUCCUGAACAAAGAUGGACAGUGCCAUUGGAGAAGCUCUAUGUGCUGACAGGAAUGAACAGCCAUCUCUCCUUAACUGGGCUUCGGAAUGUCACUAUUUAUAUGAUUUAUCAGUAGCUGCAGUUAUAUUUCUAUAUUGAUCGUUAGAUGCCAAAAUCUAAUCAGGCUUCUAAGCAGUUGAGAAGCCAUAAAAAACCGUGGCCGGGAUUCACCUCAGCAGCCCCAUCAGCUGCACAAGGGGAAUCCCCCUCCUCCCCCUCUCUGUGCCCCCAUGAGCCCCUUGAAGUUGGCUGUAGGGCAGAGGGAGGGUCCCAUCGCCCCCCAAGCAUCGCACAGCGGGAGUAGAGAAGGGAGCAUUCUGUCUGGCAGACAGGAAUACUUCCACAGACAGAAUAAUUUGAAGAACACCAUGGGGAGUUCCACCCAUUCACACAAAGAUUAAUGCCCAUCAUUAAAAUGCACAGUAAAAUAAUUACAUUAAAAUGUUAAAAUAGGCCUCCAAGCCUAAAAUGUGCAGCAAAAUAAUCCCAUUAAAACAACACAACAGUGAACGGGCAGAAAAUAACCAAGCAGUGUGUGGUAGAUAAUCCAUUAACACAAAGAAGAAGAAGAUGAUGAUGAUAAUAAUUUAUUAUUUGUACCCCGCCGAUCUGGCUGACUUUCCAAUCGAGUGUUAAAAACAGUACAGCAUUAAAUAUUAAAAACUUCCCUGAACAGGGCUGCCUUCAGAUGUCUUUUAAAGAGAAGAUAGCUGCUUAUCGGGUGGCGCUGUGGGUAAAACCUCAGCGCCUAGGACUUGCCGAUCAGAAGGUUGGCGGUUCGAAUCCCCGCGGCAGGGUGAGCUCCCGUCUUUCGGUCCCAGCUCCUGCCCACCUAGCAGUUCGAAAGCACCCUUAAGUGCAAGUAGAUAAAUAGGUACCGCUUUAUAGCGGGAAGGUAAACGGCGUUUCCGUGCGUUGCGCUGGUGCAGGCUCGCCAGAGCAGCUUCGUCACGCUUGCCACGUGACCCGGAAGUGUCUUUGGACAGCGCUGGCCCCCGGCCUCUUAAGUGAGAUGGGCGCACAACCCUAGAGUCGGACACAACUGGCCCGUACGGGCAGGGGUACCUUUACCUUUAAUGAAGGGAGGGCGUUCCACAGGGCGGGCACCACUAUCGAGAAGGCCCUCUGCCUGGUUCCCUGUAGCUUUGCUUCCCGCAGGGAGGGAACUGCCAGAAGGCCCUUGGAGCUGGACCUCAGUGUCCGGGCAGAAUGAUGGAGGUGGAGACGCUCCUUCAGAUAUACUGGACCAAGGCCGUUUAGGGCUUUCAAGGUCAGUACCAACAAUUUGAAUUGUGCUCAGAAACGUACUGGGAGCCAAUGUAGGUCUUUCUGACCGGUGUUAUAUGGUCUUGGCGGCUGUUCCCAGUCCCCAGUCCAGCUGCCGCGUUCUGGAUUAAUUGCAGUUUCCGGGUCACCUUCAAAGGUAGCCCCACGUAGAGCACAUUGCAGUAGUCCAAAGUAGUCCAUUGCAGUAGUACAAAGAUUAAUACCCAUCAUUAAAAUGCACAAUAAAAUUAUUCAGUUACCCUAUUUUUUGCUCCAUAAGGCGCAUCUGACCAUAAGACGCACCUAGUUUUUAGAGAAGGAAAACGGGGGUGGUUGUGAAUCAAAUGUUGUACUAAACUAUUUAAUAAACUACCGGUAUAUCAGAGUGAAAGGGACAGGAGCUAUAUGUUUGUUUAGCGGAUCAGCUGAGACGCUGGGGGAUUUGCAUAAUUUUCCCCUCUCCCUCAUCCUGUGCCCUCCCAUCCCCAGCAUCCUUCCUAUUUUACCUCCUGGUUCUCACUGCGCUCGUGGCUCAGAGCUCGAGGUGGUUUUUUUUUGCUGCUGGUUGCUUAAAUUUCAUCCUUCCCAAUCCAGCCCCUCCUGUGCCCUGUCGUCCCUCUGCAGCCUCAUUGCUCCAUUUAGGGAGCGUGCGGACCUUUGCUAGCUGAGGCUGCUGCAGCUGUUGCUGGCUACGCACCACUUUUUAAAAUGCCUGCUGGCUUUGAAUCGCCUGCCUCCCCUUGCUGUUUUACUUGUUUGCUCUGUGCCUGGGUUUUUUCCCCAUUUAACAGUUUGCAGCCUUUUCCUUCCGCUGCUUGUUUUGAGGCAGGAUAGAUUUGAGCACGUGAGCAGGACUUGGAUUGCAGGGAAUUCGCCACUAGCUGUGUAAAUGCGCUCCUCCUUGCAGCCUUCUACUUUGUUUGUACACGUGGCUACCUAACAAUAGCGAACCUACCUCUUUUCUACUGUAAAAGUUACACUUUUGCUCCGAUUCUGUUGCUGCCAGUGGCUUCUUAUCACUCGAACUGAACCUGAUAUAGUCUAUUCAGCUCUGCUUUUAGCACCUCUUGUUUGUUUUAUGGCUGUGCCAGUUACAACUGUUUAGCUGUUAGUUAGCGAGACCAGUUGCUAGGCAACAAGCGGGGGAGCAGCACGCCCCCAAACAGACCCGACACAAGGACCCCAGCGGCCUCCUCUCAUGUAAGCGGCUCCUCUCCUGCUUUGCUGCUUUAAAGCGAGUCAUGGAGGAGGGAAGGAAGGGGAGCCCAUUCAUCACUCCUCCCUGGCUCGCUUUAAAGCAGCAAAGCAGGAGAGAAGCCGCUUACAUGGCUCCCGCUUUGCUUGCUUUACAGUGAGCCGAGCUGGGGAGGAGGGAGGGAAGGAGAGCCAUGGAUCCUCUGCUUGCAACUGCAGCGGCAGCAGAGGGAUCCCACGGCCGUCUGUACGCAUUCACUCCCUAAGACACACAGACAUUUCCCCUUGCUUUUUAGGAGGAAAAGAGUGCGUCUUAUGGAGCGAAAAAACGCUAAAAUGCUAAAGUAGGCAGUACCUAUGCAUCAAAAUGUGCAUCAAAGUAAUCCCAUUAAAACAACACAGCAAUGAAUGGGCAGAAAACAACUGAGCAAUGUAUAGUGGGUAAUCUUUAUGCGGUCUCAGAAGAGGACCUUUUUCCUUUUCCUUCAGGGUCCUCUGUGCUUUGAAGAUGUCACUGUGUAUUUCACAGAGGAGGAGUGGGCGUUGCUGGAUCCUGACCAGAGAGCUCUGCAUAAGGAAGUCAUGGAGGAGAAUCGUAGGAUUGUGGACUCUCUCAGUAAGGCUUCCUGCUGGAUCAUAAUAUAUGUUUUGAAAUCCAAUACAUUAUAAAUUUUUUGAUGGUGCUCAACAGCAUCUGGGAUUCUUGUUCCCCACAGCUCACCUUGAAUCUACUGUUCUGUCUGCGAAUAUUCUUGCCCCACAUAUGCCUUUUUAAACCAUGACCAGGCUGGUCUGAGCUGCCCAGACCUUCUUGAAUGUAACUGGCAGAAGAAGAAGUAGUCAACAAAGGCAGUGAACCCUGUAGUAAGGCCUCAGAUCUAACUCCCUUCAGUUCUUCAUACAUCACAAACAUUCAUUAGCAGUGUUCCAUAAUUUGAAUAAUUUGAGGCUCCAUUUCUUCCUGAUGGUCUGUUUCUCUCUUUGAUGCAGGUGCUGAUGGAUUGGAAAUUAUGAACAAGAGAGGCCAUGACAACAUUCACAGAGUGGGGAAGCUGUAUAAAUAUUUAGAGUGUGGAGAGAGCUAUAUUCAGAGCUCCUAUUCCACUUCCCAUAAUAUAAAUCCUGCUGGAAAGAAUCUCUAUCAGUGCUUAAAAGAUGAUAGGACGUUUCGUCAGAAGAAAUGUUUCACUUUCCAUCCAAGAACUCAGAGCAGGGAGAAACCACAUCAUUGCUUUGAAUGUGGAAAGAGCUUCAGCCAGAGGGCUAAGCUCAUUACCCAUCAAAGAAUUCAUACAGGGGAGAAACCAUUUCAGUGCCUGGAAUGUGGAAAGAGCUUCAGCCAGAGGGGUCAUCUCACUUCCCAUCAAACAAUUCAUACCGGGGUGAAACCAUAUAUGUGCAUGAAAUGUGGAAAGACUUUCAGUCGGGAGGAUAGUCUCACUUCUCACCAAACAAUUCACAGUGAGGAGAGACCAUAUCAGUGCUUAGAAUGUGGAAAGAGCUUUAAAUGGAAGAAAAGUCUCACUUUACAUGAAAGAUUUCACAGAGGGGAGGGACCAUAUAAGUCCUUGGAAUAUGGAAGUAGCUUCGGUCAGAAUAGUAGUCUCACUUCACAUCAAAGAAUUAACAUUGAGGAGAGACCAUAUCAGUGCUUGGAAUGUGGAAAGAGCUUCAGUCACAGGGCUGUGCUGAAGACCCAUCAAAAAAUUCAUACAGGGGAUAAAUUGUAUCAGUGCUUGGAAUGUGGAAAGAGCUUCAGUUACAAGCACGUGCUCACAGCCCAUCAAAGAAUUCAUACAGGUGAGAAACCAUAUCAGUGCAUGGAAUGCGGAAGGAGCUUCAGUAGGAAGGACCAUCUCACUUCCCACCAAAUAACUCACAGUGGAAAGAAACCCCAUCACUGCUUGGAAUGUGGAAAGAACUUCAGUCACAGACAUGUGCUCACGGCCCAUCAAAGAAUUCAUACAGGAGAGAAACCGUAUCAGUGCAUGGAAUGCGGAAAGAGCUUCAGUCACAGACAUGUGCUCAUGGCCCAUCAAAUAAUUCAUACAGGGGAGAAACCAUAUAACUGCUUGGAAUGUGGAAGGAGCUUCAGGAAUAGGGCCGAUCUCAAUUACCAUCAAAUAAGCCACAGUGGAGGGGAAACCCAUAAGUGCUUGGAAUGUGGAAAGAGCUUCAGUCAGAGAGCUAAACUCAUGGCUCAUCAGAGAAUUCAUACAGGAGAGAAACCAUAUCAGUGUUUUGAAUGUGGAAAGCGCUUCAGGAAUAGGACCCAUCUCACUUCCCAUCAAAGAACUCACAGCGGGGAGAAACCCCAUAAGUGCAUGGAAUGCGGAAAAAUCUUCAUGCAGAGGGAUCAGCUAAAGGCUCAUCAGAGAAUUCAUACAGGGGAGAAACCAUAUCAGUGCGUGGAAUGUGGAAGGAGUUUCAGUAGGAAGGACAAUCUCGCUUCCCACCAAAUAACGCACAGUGGGAAGAAACCCCAUCACUGCUUAGAAUGUGGAAAGAACUUCAGUCACACGGCUGUGCUUAAGGCCCAUCAAAGAAUUCAUACAGGAGAGAAACCAUAUCAGUGUUCAGAAUGUGGGAAGAGCUUCGGUAAGAAGGCUGUGCUCACAGCCCAUCAAAGAAUUCAUAUAGGGGAGAAACCACACCAGUGUUCUGUAUGUGGAAAAUGCUUCAGUCAGAAGGUCCACCUCACUUCCCAUCAAAGAACUCACACCGGGGUGAAACCAUAUCUCUGCAUGAAAUGUGGAAAGCCUUUCAGUCGGAAGGACAGUCUCACUUUACAUGAAAAAAAUCACAGAAAAGAAGAGGCAUAUAAAAGCUUCAAAUGUGUACGGGACUUCAUUAAGGGAUCCCAGUUCACUUCCCAUCAAAUAGCACACAGUGGUGAGAAAGCAUACCAGUGUUUGGAAUGUGGGAAGAACUUCAAAUUGAAGAAAAGUCUCACUUUACAUAAAAUUCUUCACAGUCAGGAGAGACCAUUUCAGUGCUUGGAAUGUGGAAAAUGCUUCAGUCGCAAGGCAUAUCUCACUUCCCAUCAAACAAUUCACUGUGAGGAGAGACCAUAUCAGUGCUUAGAAUGUGGAAAGAGCUUCAAAUGGAAGAAAAGUUUCACAUUCCAUCAAAGAAUUCAUACAGGGGAGAAACCAUAUCAGUGCUUGGAAUGUGGAAAGAGCUUCAUGCAGAGGUCUAAGAUGACAAUCCAUCAAAGAACUCAUCGCAAGGAGACUCAUAGCAUUUGA